CUCUCCUCUUGACCUUCUCCAUAUUGUUUCACUCAAGUUAAGCUACUAUCAUUAUGAAUGAUCUUAGCUUUGAAUAUGUUUCUUCAUUCUUCAAAAAAGAAACGUUUUGUUCUUUCGAAACGUAUGGAAAUCUCCCAUUAUUGAUCUAUAAUAACGACCUUACUUUCAACACUUUUCAUCAUUAUCAUAAUACACUAUCCUCAAAUUCUUCCUAUGUAACACCAUUCUCACGAAACGUUUCUUCCACUUUGCCUAUACCAUUUGCAAGAAACGAGGAGACAGAAACUCCUCCUCCUCCUUCGCCCCCGGUCCUAGAAGGAAUCGCAGCUAUCGUUGGCGAACACGUCCUAUUCGGUACACCUACACCAUGCAAGGAUAUCAAAAAGGAGGAAGAAGUUUCGAGCUUUGAUCAAACCAAUACGAAACGUUUCGAAACACCAGAAGAAAUCAUCACCGUUUCGAAAUGUAAUAGUACGGACACGAAACGUUUCGUAACAACAGAGGAAAUGAUCACCAUUUCGAAAUGUAAUAGUACGGAAACAAAACGUUUCGAAACAACAGAAAAAUGUAUCACCGUUUCGAAACGUGAGAUUAUGGACACGAAACGUUUCGAAACGGGAAACGUGAAAGACGGCGUUUCGGUGGUAGGAGUGGAGAAGAAGUAUAGGGGAGUAAGAAAGAGGCCGUGGGGAAGGUGGUCGGCGGAGAUAAGAGAUCGAGUCGGGCGGUGUCGACAUUGGCUCGGCACGUUCGACACCCCGGAAGAGGCGGCGCGUGCGUAUGACGCCGCGGCUAGGCGGCUCAGAGGGUCAAAGGCUAAGACAAACUUUCAUAUCCCACCUGUGGUACCCACCACGACAAUGUCACCGACAUCCUCGUCCUCGUCUUCCUCGUACGAUUAUAUAAUCAAGAAUAAACCAAGAUAUAACAAGAGAAUAUGUCAAGUUGUAACGUCAAUGUCUCAACUUGUUACUAAGAAUAAUGAGUUUAUGGAGCUUGACUUGAAGUUGGGAGCACGUAAAUAAAAUAGGAGUGUUACUACAACUCUACAAGUACAACUUGUGUGGUUUAGUUUUUGCCUUAACUUUUUGGGUAUCAUAAUUAUAGAUUUUAGUGUAUGGUUAAUUAAGUAGUGGAAUAUGAAUAUAUGGGUUUUGAUCUAAUUAAGGUUGGUUUUUCUUUAAUUUGCAUGAAGAUAUAGAUGAGUAGAUGACUAUGUAAUGUGUAUUUAGUUACUAAUUAAUUACUAAUUAUUAGUACUCCCUUUGUUUUAAAUUAUAAAGCAUUUUAGCUAAAAGAAUUUGUUUCGAAAUAUAAGGUAGUUUGCAAAACCAAUGUAAGAU